AUGGCGGCCAGUGUCUCCGUGAAAAGGAGACGGCUAAGCCCAUCGGGCGAUGCGGCACCUCUGAAAAGCAAAUUUUACAGCCAGGCCGCACAAUGGGACCUCGAGCAAGACUACGAGCGAAGGCCGCGGAAGUCGAAAAAGGGCAAGGAGAAGACCCGAUUGCCGAUAAAGACGCAGGAAGGUACAUUGGAACAUUUGGAGGAGGAUGAUAAACCGGACGAGAGCUCGGAGAGUGACAUAUUUUCCUCGGACGAGGAAGAUGGUGAAUCUGCUGCGACGACAAAACCAGCUCCGGCGACAGUCUCCUCACUCCCUCCCAAAGUUCAAAUACUCGAGGCAAAGGAAGCCCUGGCACGAAUAGCUUCCCUUAUAAACGAGGAUCCCGAGGAACACAUGGAGCUUUUUAAGAAGCUGACAGAGAUGACGGAAUCUGCAUCGCUUCCGGCAGUGAAGAAACUCGCGCUGGCCACUCAAGCGGCAGUUUACAAGGAUGUCAUACCAGGAUACCGAAUAAGACCGCUAGAAGGUGAAGAAUUGACCGCAAAGGUUUCCAAGGAAGUGAGGCAACUCCGUGCGUUUGAGCAGUCUCUCCUUUCGGGUUAUCGCGAAUACGUACAACAGCUUGCAACACUUGCCAGAGCAAGGCGAGGAACAGAAGUGCACAGCUCAGGCCUGAAAAGCUUGUCGGUUAACUGUGCUUGCAGUCUCUUGACUUCAGUACCGCACUUCAAUUUCCGUGGGGAGUUGCUGAAGAUUCUGGUAGGACAAUUGGGACGUCGGCAGAUGGAUGCAGAAUUCAUCAAAUGCCGUGAAACCAUGGAGGAGAUAUUUUCCAAAGAUGACGAUGGCACUAUCUCGUUGGAGGCAGUUACUUUGCUAGCAAAGGCAAUCAAAACAAAGGAAUUCAGGAUCCGGCCGAGCGCCCUAGACACGUUCCUUCAUUUGCGAUUACUUUCUGAAUUUUCAUCCAAGGGCUCCAAGGAUGCAAUUGACAAAGAAGAACCAGAGGAAAAUAACUUUGGAAAGAAGCCAAAGCAGAAAAGGGAAUUUCGAACCAAAAAGACACGAAAAUUGAUGAAGGAACGAAAAAUUGUUGAAAAGGAUAUGAAGGAGGCUGAUGCUCUAGUAAGCCACGAGCAUCGGGAUAAGAUGCAGGCAGAGACCUUGAAACUUGUGUUCACGACCUAUUUCCGCAUACUCAAGACUCGCAAUCCCGAGCUCGUCGGCGCGGUUCUAGAGGGACUCGCUAAAUUUUCGCAUCUUAUUAAUCAGGACUUUUUCGGAGAUUUGUUAGAAGUCCUCAGAGAUUUGAUAUCUCGCCCUACCCGGUCAAGCUUAAGUUCAGAGAAUGGAACUGCAGGCAACGAUGAAGAUGAAGAUGGUGACGGAACAGCAUAUGGGUCUAACAUCAGCGAGACUCGAAAUGCUACACGAGAUGCUCUUCUCUGUUCUACAACUGCAUUUGCCCUUCUUGAAGGCCAAGAUGCAAGCAAGGCAGCAUCAGCUCUUCACCUCGAUCUUAGCUUCUUCAUAAGCAACCUCUACCAAUCGCUACACACCUUAUCCCUUAACCCAGAUAUCGAAUUUCAUCCCAGUAAAUCACUACGUUUACCUGACCCCAACCCAUACAAUGACAGUCAAAACGAUAGCACCUUGGCCACGAAUAGUGCCAUGCAGGCCAAAAAAGUUGAUUUCCAAACUCCUACAGUGCUACUUAUCCGAUGCCUCCAAUCGAUAUUAACCGCAAAGGCCAACAAAGCACCGCCUCCGAUUCGUAUCGCGAGCUUCACAAAACGUCUUAUGUCUUCGGCGUUACAACUCCCAGAGAAGUCCGCGUUGGCUGUGUUGUCACUGCUCACCCGUGCUGCGAAACUACACGGACGAAAGAUAGCACCUCUAUGGAACACCGAAGAACGGAAGGGCGACGGAGUGUUUGAUCCAAACGCUGACGAUGUAGAAAGGAGUAAUGUUUUUGCAGCAACUGUGUGGGAAGGGGAGUUAUUACGAUUACACUAUUGCCCACAGGUUAGAGAUGCUGCGAAGGACGUUGAAAAGGCUAUAGCUGCUGUCAAAUAA